AACAACCAUUUGCAGAUUUGUUUGCAGAUGAAAAUUCCUGGAUAGGAGCCGAGCUUGAUGCAAUCGUGGAGGUCGAGACCGACACAGAGGUGUCCAGCAGCUCCAUGAAUCAGAUUAUCCUGGAUCAAUUUCAAUUUAAAGGAAGAGGUGUUUUUCCCUGGCUCCUGCCACCACUGCUGCUGAGGCUUGGGGAGAGACGGCCAUGUGGCCUGCAGGGCGCCCGCUGCUGGAGGAGGCCCCCUGCAGUGCGGACUUCACCGAGGCCAUCGACAGGGGCAUGCGAGUCCCCCAGCGGCUGAGGGCGGCAGAGGACUCUGGUGCGGGCGGCCCAGCGGAAAGGAUGCUGGAGGACUUCUGCCCGUCCCUUCAGAUGCACGUUCCUGACAGGCUGCUGCUGGCGGAAAUGCCGGACGCCGCGCUCCGCCCUCUCUUGGGGAACCAGCUCCGGCAGCCCUGGCCGGAUGUCAGCGAGCCUCCGCUAGAGCCGGCUGCCCAGACUGCCGUUUAUGGGGCACAUCCGUUCCUGAGCUUUGUGCCCUGCUCGGGAUCCCACCGAAGCAACCAGCUGCCGGAACUCCGAGUUGGUGCCCAGAAGGAGGGCGUGCUGCUGGAGAGCACUCAGCUGGCCACGGGCCGAGUCAGGCAGAGGCAAGGAUGCGCCUGGGAGGCCAGCCCGGCCCUGGGAAGCUCCCUGGAGGACUUGGGUGCGGCAGAGAUUUUGGUGAUGAGGAAGCAGGUGCAGCUGACGAGAAUUUCUGGGCGGCUGCAGGUGCUGGAGGAGCAGCGCGUGGCCUGGCACCAGAAGGAGCUGCUGCUCUACUCGGCCUUGCUCUCCACCUGCCUGCUCAGCACAUGGCUUUGGCUGAGGAGAUGAGGAAGCCGACCUGCCCAACCGCCGGACAGGCCGCAUGGGCAGCGGUGCUGUUGCGGCCUCCCUGCUCGUGGCCUUUGGCCUCCGUUGACCCCUGCUUAGAUGCCCACGGACAUAGCUGCUUUCGCAGUAGCACAAGAGGAGGUGGGCUGGGCAGGAAGGGAUGUAAGAAUGCGAGAAAAGCCACGCCGCUCAGCCUCAAGGUCCGUCUAGGCUAGAACAGCAGGCGGCUGGACCCCGCGGCCCCUUCCAGCUCCACUCUUCCGGGACUCCGUGCUCCCGGCGGCAAAGCAGCUGCCCCCAGGAGCCCUCCGGCGGGCGGGGUGCAAGGCCGCCUCCUGCCCGAGCCCCUCAGCGGCUGGGGUGUGCCAGCAGGCCACCUCUGGUGAAGGAGGGAGCCCACGGCCAGCCAGGCCAGGAGCCCCAGGCGGCCCCCUCCCUCAGGAGUCUGCCCCACCUUCCAGACUGGCGGCCAUCGCCACCUCCCGUGGCCGUGGAUGCCAUCACUAGCCAGAACUUCAGGGGUCUUCAGGGGCGCCACCUGCUUCACUCGGGACUUGGCCAAAGGCCAUUUGGGGCAGUGGCCGUGCCAGGCAGACCUGAGUGAGCAAAGCCGGGCUCCUCCAGAGAAACCCUGGGAGCAGGGAUGCCACGGUGGGCUCGCCUCCGCCUAGGAUGGAAGCCUGCGUGUGCCAUCUGUCCGCAGCCCCUGCUUUUGGAAAGACCAUGAGGCGGUUUGGCUUGGGUGGCCAUGGCCGGGCUGGCAGCCUCUGCAGCAGUAGAGAUGGGGCUGGGCUGCCCAGAGCGGUCACGCUUGUGGGGGGUUUGGCAUGCAACUUGCCAGCAGGUGUUCGGCCAAGAGAGGAGACUGCUGUGGUGCCGUAGUGAAGCACGUGGGUUCGGAGUGCCUCGGGGGCUCCCUGUUAGAGCAUCUCCCGGGAGCCUUUGUGCCUGGACCAGACGCUGCGAGGGCCAGGUGGCCCCCACGCUUGUUUGAUCGUUAGAUUUCUCCCUGCCCCGUUAGCCCACGGACUUGCAUCUUGUUGGCGCUCCCAUGAGCCCUAAAUGCAAGCGAAGUCCUCCUCACGGUUGCGGCUGUUGUGUCCUGUGUGCCUUUCAGUGUUCGAUCACUCCAGAGUGUCCGGAAACAAAAUAAAUGUCUGCUAACCCAA